AUGAGUUUGCUCAAAGUUGCCGUUUUCGCCGCCCUAGCCCUUUGCGCUAGCGCUGAGCCUAAACCAGAUCCGGCCCUGCUGGCCGCUCCGGUGGCAGCCGCCCCUCUGGCCGCCCCGCUCGCCUACUCUGCCCCGUUCCUGCAGGCCCCGGUCGUGGCCCGUGCCGCGUACGCCGCUUCGCCCUACGCCGCCUACACUGCCCCUGUUGUGGCCCGCGCCGCCUACGCCGCCGCCCCGGUCGCCGCCGCCUACACCGCCCCGGUGGUAGCCCGUGCCGCGUAUGCCGCCGCCCCGGUGGCCGCUGCCUACACUGCCCCGGUUGUCGCCGCCGCACCCGCACCAGCCGUCGUCGCUGCCCGCGCCGCCCCGCUGGUGGCCGCCGCUCCGGUUGUGGCCGCCGCCGCCGCUCCGGCCGUCGUCGCUGCCCGUGCCGCCCCGGUCGUGGCCGCCGCGCCCGUCCAGGCCGAGUUCACCGAUGCCUACCCGCAGUACCAGUACGCGUACAACGUGCAGGACACGCUGACCGGCGACAGCAAGACCCAGGAGGAGACCCGCGACGGUGACAUCGUGAAGGGUUCGUACUCGCUCAUCGAGCCGGACGGUUCGCGCCGCAUCGUCAACUACUACGCCGACCCGGUCAACGGAUUCAACGCCGUCGUGCAGAAGGACGUCCCGGUCGCCGUGGCCACCCCGGCCGUCGCCGUCGCCGCCAAGACCGUGGUCGCCCCGAGCGCCGCCGUCGUCGUCUAA